GAAGGGUUGUAUUUCCUCUGAGGGACAUAGCUCCAGUCUUACCUGACAACCUGUCCACAUCACCACCAGGAAACAGCAAAGCAGUGAAAUUGGCAUAAAAAUGCAAUCCCUCAGCACAGCAAAUGUUGAAUUUUGCCUUGAUGUCUUCAAGCAGCUGAACAGUAAUAAUGCAGGAGAUAACAUCUUCUUUUCUCCAUUGAGUAUGUUUUAUGCUCUAAGUUUGAUCCUCCUUGGUUCCAGGGGAACCACUGAAAGGCAAAUAGGAAAGGUGCUUCACUAUCAGCAUACUACAGAAUCUUUAAAACUAGAGUUUAAGGAUUCCUCUGAGUGCAGCCAAGCUGGAAGAAUACAUUCAGAAUUUGGAGCCCUUCUCUCUCAAGUCAACCAACCAGGUUCUAACUACACCCUCAGCAUUGCCAACAGACUCUAUGGGGCAAAGACGAUAGAAUUCUAUCAGCAAUAUUUAAGCUGUUCUGAGAAAAUUUACCAAGCCAGACUACAAGUUGUUGAUUUUGAACAAUCUACAGAAGAAACGAGAAAAACUAUCAAUGCUUGGGUUGGAAAGAAAACUAACGGAAAAAUCACAAACCUCUUUGAAAAGGGCACUAUUGACCCUUCCUCUGUCAUGGUCCUGGUGAAUGCCAUAUAUUUCAAAGGCCAGUGGCAAAAUAAAUUUCAGGAAAGUGAGACAGUUAAAUCCUGCUUCCAGCUAAGUGACGGUAAAACUGUAACUGUGGAUAUGAUGCACCAAAGUGGAACAUUUAAGUUGGCCUUCAUAAAGAAUCCACAGAUGCAAGUUCUUGAGAUGCCUUAUGUUAAUAACAAGCUGAGUAUGAUUAUUUUGCUGCCAGAGCAGAAUAAUCUAGCAGAGAUAGAAAAGCAGCUGAAUGUGAGGACGUUUCGGGAGUGGACCAACCCUUCCAACAUGGUGGAGAGAGAAGUGGAGGUGCACAUCCCCCGAUUCAAACUUGCAAUCAAGUACGAAUUAAAUUCUCUGCUAAAAUCCAUAGGGAUGACAGACAUCUUCGAGCCAGCCAGAGCUGAUUUCUCUGGAAUGUCGCCAGACAAGGGCCUAUAUGUAUCAAAAGUUAUUCACCAGUCCUACGUGGAUGUCAACGAAGAAGGCACUGAGGCAGCUGCAGCCACUGGGGACAACAUCGCUGUAAAAAGACUCCCCAUUCGACAUCAGUUUUUAGCUAAUCGUCCUUUCUUGUUCUUUAUAAGGGAGAGGUUCAACAGUAUGGUUCUCUUUGCUGGCAAGCUUGCCUCUCCAUAAACAGAGAGGUGAGACUCACUGGGGAGGGUGAGGUAGGGGCAGACAGGUGACCGCAGCCCGCGGUGCACGUACCUCCGUGCCUCAGUGAGCUCAUUUGCAAAGGAGGGUUAGGAUCACUUCCAACUCACUGCGUAGAUGAUGAAGGUUAUCUGACUUUCCUAUCACAUGAGCUGAGUUAUCUGGUUCCUCGUGUGAGUGCUUUCUGUGUAAUAUGUUUGAGUGAACGAAAAAUGUUUUAAAGGGUUGAAUUCUCUUGAACUGUAUAUAUUAAAAAGAUGGUGAAUACAUGGCUUCUUUGCCUUCAAAAAGCAGCUUAAGGACUUCUACUUUGGUUAAAUUUUAAAAUAUUAUAAUUUUGUUUGCAUAUAUAUUCUUUG